UUCAGCGUCUUCUCCAUCAGACCUGAGUCACCCUGCUUUCCCCUUUCCCGAUGUCUCCAUUGAGGGAAACCCCAAGGACCAUCGCACAGCAUUAUAUGGUCGAGGCGGCUCUGAGCCACCGGACAUUCAUUCGCCACUUGUAGAUAGGCAAACACAACAAGAGUAUUCGUGGGAAUGGGGGUCUUUUCCCCAACGAUCUCCCAUCGUAGCGAAGCACAUGCCACUGGCCCCUAUGGAGAGGGCUGAGUCAUCAUUGAGGACUGUUUCCCACGUCGACCAUGAUGAAGGUGACGCUGUCGAAAUGUCAAACACUCAUGAGGACGCAGGGCCGAUGCGUCGAGCAUCACCUGAACCGGAGAUCUUUGGCGCAGGAGGGAAACUCUAUCCUGGCUCGUCUACUUCGUCUACUGCUGCCGACAUAGGGCUCAAUACGGACAAGACAACGACGUUUUGGGUCGACAUCGAUUCCAAACAAUUCGUGUUCGAGUUGAGUCUCUGCGGCCAUUUGGAUAGGAAAGAUGAAGUCGGGGAUGCUCAACGCUUUGAGGAUGCGAAAGUUUCCUAUAAGCGUUUUCUAGAGGAUGAGAGUAUGGUCGAGAGCGAGAACCUAGUAAUGCGAUGGAAUGGAGUGCACAUCUCUCAUCGAGACGCGUCGCCUUUGAUGAACGCCCUUUCGCACUGGCGGAAUUCAGCUUCUCAGGCCCCUGUGCAAUCCGUUCCCGAAUUUAUAACGACCCCUCCAGAAUCCCCACGUCAACAGCCACUCGUUACAAUUUCAACUCCGUCGUCUAUUCUCCCGCCUAUCCCUGAGCCUGAACCAUUACCUUUGAAAGCACCAGUAGUACAUUCCCGUUCACUAAGCUGGGCGUCGUGGUGGAGGAGCAAAAGUGACAAGGAUGGCGUAGCCAAAGGCGCCAAAAUCCCAGCGCCGAAAGGCGGUGGUCGGAAGACGAGUUCUGUGGCCCUGCGGGAUGCAUCUCCUCAGAGGAAUGAUGCGCCUAUCACAGCCGCGGAUCCCUCAUUGGAAGCAGGACAAAUUCCACUCAAGAAGGUCGAAUCAUCACUUCCAACAUCCCCACCACUUCCUACCCAGCCUCCACCUCCCCGAAAGCAUUACAUAAAAACACUUCGACUUACUUCCGGUCAGCUGAAACAACUCAACCUCAAGAAGGGCGUCAAUACCAUUACCUUCUCGUUGUCAUCGUCAGGGCAAAUUGCAUGUACUGCACGGAUAUUUGUCUGGGACUACCAGGAUCCUGUUGUCGUGUCCGAUAUUGAUGGGACGAUCACCAAAUCGGAUGCGUUGGGACACGUCUUUACCAUGAUUGGACGUGACUGGACACAUGUCGGCGUUGCCAAGCUUUACACUGACAUUGCCAAGAACGGAUAUAACAUCAUGUAUUUGACCAGUCGGGCAAUCGGGCAGGCUGACUCAACGAGGGAUUAUCUGAAAGGUAUUAAGCAGAAUGAUUACCAUCUGCCUGAGGGUCCAGUCAUCAUGAGCCCUGACCGGUUGAUGGCUUCGCUACACAGGGAAGUCAUCAUGAAGAAACCUGAAGUUUUCAAGAUGGCAUGCUUACGUGACAUUCGGGGGUUAUAUGGAUCCUCAAUCAAGACGCCAUUCCAUGCCGGAUUUGGGAACAGAAUCACCGAUGCACUUUCGUAUCGCAGUGUGAACAUUCCAAGCUCGCGGAUUUUCACGAUUGAUUCGAAUGGGGAGGUUAAGAUGGAACUUCUCGAGCUUGCAGGCUACAAAUCAUCGUACAUCCACAUGACCGAUCUCGUGGAUCAGAUGUUCCCUCCCGUUCAUCGCAAAGUGGCUAGUGAAUUUACGGACUUCAAUUAUUGGCGGCUUCCUAUACAGGUGUACGAGGUACCCAACCUUGAGCCUCCUUCCCCUGCCCUAAGUGCUCGCUCAGACACAUCACGUCUUUCUCGGUUGGCAAUCGGCUUCGGUUUGCGUGGGAAGAGCUCGGACCAAUCUCUAGCCGAGAAGUCCGCGAAGGCCGCUGAGAAACCUCCAGGAACAGUCCCUCGAGUUAGCAGUCCGCUUGCUUCGCCUGUGCUAACCGCCAACGAUCCAGAUGAGGAUCUCAUUGGGGAUGGCUAUUCAGAUCGUUCACGGUCCGUUUCGCCCAUGAUCGGGGAAAGGAGGGAUCGUCGGCUUAGCAUGCCUGGGUCUCUGCAUCAUGAGCCGGCUGAUUUCCAUCCUGAGCCAGGACCUGAAGGCGAUUUCGAAUAUGGAGAACCUCAGGAGGACGAGGAUCCUGAAGACCAGGCCUUCAACGACGAGCUGCUUGCCACUGGAGAAAUGGACGAAAUCCCUUACCUUUAACUUAUUAUUCUUUUUCAAUUUUUUUGGGGGCAUCGAUUUCGCAAUUUGGCCUUUAAUACUACAUCAUAUUUGUACCACAUGUCAUAAUACAAUUCCAUUGUAAAGCUAACAAGGAGACAAGGGAGUCAUCCAAAGUAAAUCAUCACUUCAAUGAUAGUUUC